AUGAAUGCAGGAGCUGAUAUAAUAUUGCAAGUUCAAAGUUGUGCUCAGCUGAAGGACAGUGAACGUCAAUCCUGGAAUCCUCCUUUGUGUUCCGAGACUUUCAGUGAGAUAGGAGAUGAAUGUAGCCUUGUUUGCAAAGAUGGAUAUGAACUUACUGGAAGUGAUACAGUCUCAUGCACUGCUGAUGGCUGGAAUGGCACCGGUGGUUUGAACAAAAUACCUAUAUGCAAAACACCUGAAGAAGUAGGUGAAGAUUUUGUGAAUAAAAUAAACAGUACUUUGAAUGGAAUUGCAGCAAAUAUGCUAUUCUUACUUGAUGAAUCAGUAAGUGUCUCACCACAACAAUUUGAAAUGGAGAAAUACUUCGUUAAAUCAGUGGCCCAGGCAUUCCCGCUCUCUGUAAAUCGAACAGCAGGCUUGAUAACUUUCAGUCAUGUUGCUGAUGUAGACAUCCCGCUCACUCAAACAGAUACAUGUGUGUUUGUUGACUCUGUUGGUAACGUAGUUUACACAGAGGGUGGAACAAGUAUACUAGUUGCAUUAAAUCUGGCAAUUGAUGAAAUAGAGAAGAAUGCAGUUCAUAAUACAACACUUGUUUUUCUAGUAACAGAUGGUAUCAGUACAACUGAUCCUGCUCCAGCUGCAGACACUCUGAAAGCAAAUGGAGAUAUAGUGUUCACAAUUGGUAUUGCUGAUUAUCAGCGUGAUCAGCUUGAACCCCUGGCUACUGUCGCUUCAGAUGGAACUCCAAAUUUCUUUGGAGUUUCGAGCUUUGAAGUAUUCCUGAGGAUUGCACAGUACUUGAACACAACUUACAUUGAUGAAAACCAGAUAAACUGUGAUUAAUUCAAAAGUCAGCAUUCCUCUUUUGCUUGCAAUCACAUGUUAAAAAAUGAAAUGGUUCUCUGUGCCCAUUACUUUCCGGUGGCUACAGUGUCCUAUGAUCUAAUCUACUUUCUAGUUGUGUUAUUCAGAGUACAAAGGAACAAAUUUAUUUGAUCAUGG